UUCUGAUGCAAUCAGACCCGAAGGAGGAGGAGAGCGAGGCGAGCGCGGGCCGAGGCAGUCAAGCCGCUCCGCCUCAAGGUCGCCGGGAACCACUGCCCUUCACCUUCCUCGGAAAUCCGCCACGCCAACCCUCCCCGCCCAACUUUCGCUGACGCGGGCCACCUUUUCCCGCGGCAGAAUCCUCAGCCUCCUGCCAGCCGUCGGCUGAGGCAGCCAAACCUUGACACAAAGGACGUAAAACGGCCGGAGGGAAAAACCCGGAAGGGCGAACACCUGGGCAUCUCUUUUUGCCCUUUCCUUUAUUUCCCGAGGAGUGUCAAGCUUAUACUGUUGCAGCUCUCUACUUGUAAUACACUUGGAACAGGAGAAUUUGGACCAAUUUUUUGAGUAAAGAUACUUCCUAAACAUGAUGCAUUUCAAAAGUGGACUCGAAUUAACCGAGUUGCAAAACAUGACUGUGCCCGAGGAUGACAACAUUAGCAAUGAUUCCAAUGAUUUCACUGAAGUUGAAAAUGGUCAAAUAAAUAACAAGUUUAUUUCUGAUCGUGAAAGUAGAAGAAGUCUCACAAACAGCCAUUUGGAAAAAAAGAAAUGUGAUGAAUAUAUUCCAGGAACAACCUCCUUAGGCAUGUCUGUUUUUAACCUAAGCAACGCCAUUAUGGGCAGUGGGAUUUUGGGACUCGCCUAUGCGAUGGCAAACACCGGAAUCCUACUUUUUCUGAUACUUUUGAUUUCGGUGACGCUGCUGUCUGUAUAUUCAAUAAACCUUCUAUUGAUCUGUUCAAAGGAAACCGGCUGCAUGGUUUAUGAAAAGCUGGGAGAACAAGUCUUUGGCACCACAGGGAAGCUGGUAAUCUUUGGAGCCACCUCUCUACAGAACACUGGAGCAAUACUCAGCUACCUCUUCAUAGUAAAAAAUGAACUACCCUCUGCCAUAAAGUUUCUAAUGGGAAAGGAUGACGGAUUUUCAGCCUGGUACGUGGAUGGCCGCCUUCUGGUCAUAAUAGUUACCUUUGGCAUAAUUCUCCCUCUGUGUCUCUUGAAGAACUUAGGUUAUCUUGGCUAUACUAGUGGAUUUUCCUUAAGCUGUAUGGUUUUUUUCCUAAUAGUGGUUAUCUACAAGAAAUUUCAAAUUUCCUGCAUUGCUUCACAGCUAAAUUCCACAAAUGCUAAUUCAACAAAUGCUGACAUGUGUACACCAAAAUAUGUUACCUUCAAUUCAAAGACCGUGUAUGCUUUACCAACCAUUGCAUUUGCAUUUGUCUGCCACCCGUCAGUCCUGCCAAUUUACAGUGAACUUAAAGAUCGGUCACAGAAAAAAAUGCAGAUGGUUUCAAAUAUCUCCUUUUUCGCCAUGUUUGUUAUGUACUUCUUGACUGCCAUUUUUGGCUAUUUUACAUUCUAUGGAGACAUGCGUUCAGACCUCCUUCAUAGAUACCAGAGUAAAAAUGACAUUCUCAUCCUGACUGUGCGGCUGGCUGUCAUUGUUGCUGUCAUUCUCACCGUGCCUGUGUUAUUUUUCACGGUUCGUUCAUCUUUAUUUGAACUGGCUAAGAAAACAAAGUUUAAUUUAUGUCGUCAUACCUUGGUUACCAUCAUACUCUUGGUUUUUAUCAACCUGUUGGUGAUCUUCAUACCCUCCCUGAAGGAUAUUUUUGGCAUCGUAGGAGCAACAUCUGCUAAUAUGCUUAUUUUCAUCCUCCCUUCAUCCCUUUAUUUAAAAAUUACCAGCCAGGAUGGAGAUAAAAGAAUUCAAAGAAUUUGGGCUGCCCUUUUCUUGGGUCUGGGGAUAUUGUUUUCCCUGGUCAGCAUUCCCUUGGUCUUCUAUGACUGGGUCUUCUCAUCGAAUAGUGAGGCAGCCACUGAAACCAGCCGAGAACAGAAAACAUACCUGUCUACUGGAAACCACACAUCAGCAACCCCUCAUUAGUCCUUUUUUUUUUUUGCAAGUUUACAGAAGCAGAUAGAAAUUUACAAGUUACUUAAAAAUGAAUAACACUUCGGGAACAAAACAGAGAGCUGUUUCUAUAAUGGUUCACUUCCCUCCCAGGUUUGGGAUCAAUUUACGGAUUGUUGACCUCUUCUUCAAAUUUCAUGCAAUCAUGUUUCCUAGUACUUUUCACAGUCAAUUAUUUUUCAUUCUCCUAACUCUUGUUUUGAGGAUUCAUGGUCUCUUAGAACUUUGAAAACAUGAUCAUCAUUCAUGUUUGUUUAUUAUACAUUGAGGUUCUGAAAUAAUUUCCUACUGAUGUUCAGCUCACACUAUCUGUACCUUUUUAGAAAAGAAAAGAAUCUUGAAUUGUAUAUAUUUAUUUUGCUUUACAGAAAAAAAGAGGUUUCGUAAAUAAUUUGCCUAUUUUGGUUACCAUAGCACACAGGGAUAAUCAUAUGAGAGUCGUAGGGCAUGUGCCACUGCAGGAUCAGAGGAUGCCCAAUGUUUGAGGUGGCUCUGAUGACCUGGCAGCCAAGCUCAGGCAGCCCAGUGCCGAGCUGGUACUAGAUCACCCUCCCAUGCAGAGGCCUUCCAUGGUCAGUGUUCUCAGCUGGCAAGGGGCUGGGGUGAUUCUUAGUUUGGUAAUAUAUUAAACUACAUUUCUGAGUAAUCUAGAAAAUAAAGUUUUGUUUCCCUCUUGGCAACCUGUGUCAAAGUUACUCUAGUCUGAGUCAACUUCUAUUGGCACCUCUGUGAUAAAUUAAGAAGCAAGAGUGCUAUGAAAAUUGUUCUGAAAAGAGUGUCCAAAAUGUCUAAGAAAAUAUCCCUCUGAUACAGAUCACCUUCAACCCUACACCUGUAUUGCUGAAGGGGGAAAAAGGAUUUAUUAAAUUAGAAUCCAGCAGCUUUUACUCAUGUCCGCCAGCUUUUUGCAUGGAGAAUAAUUUGAUGUGUAUCUAACUAAGGAUGAUUUAGGAUAAGAAAUUCCUGUUUUAUAUUGGGUAAUUUGGGGGGAUAGUUAAAAGACAUGUUUUAUAUAAAUUUAGGUUAUUACAAAUAUAAGAUUUUUGUACCUUAAAUAAGCCUCAUUUCUAUUUCUUCUCCAUUAACUCUCCAUCCAGAGUAUUACAACAAAAAACAACUAGAAACAAUAACUCUCAGAGAUAGUCCUUGUGAAGAAUGUGAUGAAAUAACCACACCUUCCUUCUCCAGAUGGGAAAGACAAGAGGGCCUGUUGUCUGGUCUCCCCUUCUCUUCCCUAACCCAGGGGGGCCAUUACUGCCCACCGGACAUGGCCCACACAGGAGGACAGAGUCCCCCGAUACUCUGUCCCCACCCCCUCUCCUAAAGGAAACAGGAAGGAAACUGCCCAGAGAUGGAUAAAGAAGACACUUUGGGGUAAGACAGCUUGGAAAGGAAUGGAUGACGGCAAAACAGCUUCUGCCCAUAAACUGUGCCAUUCACCUGUGAUCAGAGGCUCACCUUCACAGGGUGAGAAAUAUAUGUGCUCCCUGAGCUGGUCUCCUAAAACGGGACUUGUGUUUGAGCUGUAUUCUUGUUUAAUUUUUCAAACCCAUAAGUUCGCUGAGUGCAGAUUUCUUAUCCUGAGAUAAGCAGACACUAACCACAGACUGUUGGCAGAGUUUCCAGGCACUUAGCUCUGAGCUCUGUUCCUCCCCUACUCAAAUCUUCAAAGGCAGGUCUAUUCCCAGACCUCCAGGCUCACCAGGAAUAAUAGGAAACUGUCCCCUCCCCUUUACAGACUAAUGUCCCCUAGAUAAGGUAGGCAUCAAAGCAUCUUGUUAUCCUCUUGGAGGAGAAGGAAAGGUUAUUUCCUGCUUUGCCUGAUAAGACCUAAUAACUUCUAAUAUAAUGCUAUAGAAUUACAUCUACAUUAGGUCAGAGUUCAGGUAUUUCAAUAUAAGGUCAGUAAAAUCCAGAGUCAUCUCUGUUCUUUUCAGAAGUGUUUUCCAUAUUAUAUGAGCAAUGAGGGAAGCAUAGCAAAAUAAUUGCCAGCCCUUAGAGGCUUGUCUAUAGCACCAAGUAAUGAAAUAGCCAGGUAAUGGGAUGACCCUCCGUUAUAAAAAUACAGAAUUAAUUUGCAAGCUAUAUUAUGCUACUGUUCUCCUCAUUAAUUUAUAAUGAGUCAUGUUACACUCACAAAGUCAAAUUAGAAAAUUAUCAUUAACUCUGGGAUGUGUAGUGAUAUUUUUGGAUCUUUGGAUUUUAUGUGUCAGUACAAGGAAUUUUUGUAUUAUUUAAAAUAUAUUUAUUUAGAGGAGGCACAUUGCUAUUGAUGUCUGUGAUACCAUGUUUUUAAAACCUUCUCUGUAUAAUUUAUCUAUUUGUUGUUUACAGAAUAUAAUAGACCCUACUGUAAUUUAUUAAAUUUCUCUGAUGAAUUACAUCAUUUGUGCAGGAUUAGCUAUAAAGUGUACUGUUCUAUUUCUUCUUAUUCAGAAUAGUGAACUGGUACCAGAAAUACAUAUAUCACAGAUACAGGUAGAAUUUAAACAACAUAGUCAAGUGCUAUAGAAGUUUCUCUGCUAAAUUAGUAGACUAAGGAAUAAUUAGCCUUAGAGGCAGCACAUUUUCCUUUGGUUGAUAGGAUGUCUAUACUAGUAAAUAGUGCCAGUUUCAUACUUGGAUUUAGAACUGUUCCCUAGUUAUUGUAACACAGGAUAUUGUAAAUCCUUAACUUACUUAAUGUUACUUAUUGGAAGUAGGGGUAGUGAAGAGUGUAAAGGAAGGAAACCUAGUCUUUUUAGGCAUGGGCAGACCCCAAUUUAUAAGCAAGUCAUAUUCCAAAAAUUUUUUAAUUGGUGGAUUGCAGCCUGGAAUGUGUUUUCCUUUAGAAACCAGGUUAUAUGUGGUUCUGUCUGCAGAUCAGCUAACAAAAGGUUAAUAAAUCCAUAGUUUAGCUGAAAUAGAAUAAUAUAAUAAGAUUGCUAAAGAACCUAACCACUAAGUAUAAUACCAUUUCUAUGAGGUAGUUUGUUCAACAUUGCCAUAAACGCAUCAAUAUCUAUUGUUGGUGGAACUGUGGACAUCUGCCCACCCCACCCCAGCCACACACCACCUGCUGUUCAGUGGCGGUCAGGCCUCCUCCAGUUAGAGGCCACCUGUGUGCCCCACAAAGGUGGGGAGGAGUCCAGGGCCACCUGGGAGCCCAGGGGUAGGAGCAGGUUAAAGGAGAACGUGGGGGGCCUCUUGUGGUUGUAAACUGCGAAGUACAUUCCUCAGUUGGUAACUUUUCCUGUCUCCGAAGGUCUCAGGCUUGGCCUGUGUGCUUGUGUUUGUACCAUUGUUUCUUUUGGUUCCAUAGCUGUCUCCUUCCCCACCCACUGUAGAAGAGGACGUUGCAGUACAGCUUCUCUUGUAUGCCAGUCUCUGAAGCAAGCACCCAGCACUUUUAAUAGUCAUGGUUUAACUGCUCACUCACCAGAGGCGGUAAAAAAGCUCUCUUCCCAUUUUGCUUCUUUACGUUUACAAACCCUGUUGAGAAAAAAAAAAAAAAAGGCACACAUAGGUGAUGGUGGUGGAGUUUGGGGUGGACAAAAAACUGUAGUAAAAUUGCACAGUAUUUCAGAGAACACUUCCGACAGUUAUCCCAGAACUGGCUUGUUUCUGGAGUUGAGUCUUUAGGCUAGUGUGUUCUCAAAGUGUGGUCGCCGGAUCAGCAGCAUCGGUGUCAUCGGGGAACUUAUUGGAACGCCCAUUCUCAGGCCUCACCAAGACCUAGUGCAUCAGAGCCGUCAGGGUGAGGACCCUGCAAUCUGUUUUAACAAGUCCUCCAGGUGGUUCUGAUGCACGGUCAAGUUUGAGAACCACUCUUAGCAAGCCAAUUAUUGUUUCCUUUUUUCCCAUUAGUCCUACCUCAGAAGAUGGUUCCUGGGCUUUGUGAGGAAAAUUGGGAACUAGGGCCUAGGGAGGGGAGGAAAGGCAUGGGCAGCAGGGGUCUCUACAAAUGCAAGAAGGCCUGGGAACCUGCACUGCCCUCUCCCGCUGCCGUGCGGGUGCAGGUGCACAGAUAUAAAUGAAGCCUGAACUCGGGUUUUACUUUGAGCUGACACAAUAAUGUUACAUUGUAAAAAGCUGUGGAGAAAUGGAAGUAAUGGAAGUGAGACUUUUUUUUCUUUUUUGAGGGAAUGAAAAUACCUUGUUGUAAGUGCAGCAUUAGAGGAAGUACUGUAUUCCUGUCAGGGGUAAGUUUGUUUUCAUCAUGUGGUACUCAAUCCUGUCCUUAUAAAGAGAAUGUUCUGCACCGCUUAAGGAGCUACGAACUUCCCUGAAAAGAAUGCAGAGCUCAGUUCAUUUCAGUAGAUCAAAAUGUGGCUGCACAUUUAGUUGGGGUGGUCUGAGGCUAAUGAUGUAAUGAGAUAUUUGAUUUUAUGCCUAGAGCAAGACGUAUAAGUCUCCCCCAGUUUAUCACUUUAAAUAGUUUGAGGCUGAGAGAGGGCAUUAGCUUUAAGAAGAUAAUUUCCCCAUUCAAGUUCACAGUCAACUUCUAGCCACUUUAAAAACAAAGAGGAAACAGACUAUAUCAUUUAGCAAUACUAAAAAUAGGUUUUCCUUAGGUGGCAGAUCGGAGAAUCCUUUAACAAUGGAAUAUACUUCUAAAAUACCUCAGUGAAUUGUUUCUAAUGAUAGAAGGCUUUCGGGUACAAAUUGGGGUAGAGAAACUACUGAAAAAUAACACUAAAUCUAGAAGGGUAAAUUUUUGAAAAACAUGUAAAAUUCACAAACACCCAGAAGACCUCCUCCUUUAGGAUGUCCUCCGAGGAAGGACUAUGAAACUGGGCCCAUCCUAUAUACAGGCUUCAAUUUGUGUUUUUAAAGGAAGAAUCUAUGCAGCUGAGGUUUACUGUGGGAAAUACUCCAUUUAUAUGUAAAUAUUUUGUAAAUAAAUAGGCUGUAUAUUUUUGCAGUUGUUGAUCCACACUGAGUUAGAAGUCUCUAGUAUCUGCAUAUAAAGAAUAAAUGUUUUCAUAGAAAUAAAUGGUUUUAUUUGAGAAUUAAAAAAUUUACAUUCUGUCCUGGGUAACAUAGUUCUUUCAGUGUAAACUUGGAACCUAAAUUCACACUUAAUUGUUUAGAAAAAGAAAUGUUUGAGACAUACUUGCAUUGAAUUUUUAUGCUCAUAUUAAGAUCAAUUAUCUAAAAGAUUGUCAUGUAUAAACAGAUAUACCCCAAAUAACAAAUUGUUUCUUCAUAACGCUCUUUUGCUGUUAACCCAGAUACCACUUCACAUGUUUAUGAAAAUAGAUGUUGGGGAAGAGAAUGUUUUUUCAAAAUGGAAUUGCUGCAUUUCCCACACUUGGGGUCUUUGAAAGGGAGAAAAAAUCCCUGAAUAUUAACUAUGAGCACAAAUUUGAAGGAAAAAAGCAAAGAACCAUUAUUUUACCAAACUUUUGAAAAUUUUGCAUGUUUGCCUUUUAUUUUCAAUGCAACACCAAUAUAGACUGUCUUAAGUAAUUUUUUUCCAAAACACUUGAAUCUUGAUUGUUGGUACAUAAUAUACUCUCUAGAGUCCAAUGUAUUUUAGACUUCAUCUGGGUCCAAUACAUGUAGCACACCACUAUUUUAUUACUGUAAAAACCUUGUACAUGAAUUCCAGAUGGGUGAUUUAAAUGAGUCACAAGACACAAAACUUUGCUAUUCAUAGUUAAUCAAAUAGUUUGUUUUUCAGGGUGUGGUGUAAAUAAAGAAAUGUAAGAAGUUCUGUUCUAUAACUGCUCUGUUGACAGUUUUUAAACAUUAAAAAUGUGAGCUAAAAGUA